CUUGCGGCGGGCCGGCCGCCCGGGCGAGGCGGGGGAGGGGCCGUGAGCGCCGCAGUCGGUCGGCCAUGGAGCGAAGCUUGCUGGCGGCGAGGCCGCAACAAGGUAGCCACCCCCGCAGCAUACCUCGACCACGGUCUGCAGCUGCACCGCCUCCCCGCGUACUCCAGGGUGCGCUGGUCCCGGCCGCGCGCCCCGCUCUCCGCAUCCCGGGCGUGGUCGGUUAAGUCCCCGGCCGCGGCCCAGCCCCUGGGAGCUAGUCUCCGCCCCACAGCCGCCAUUCGCUUUUCCGGAUCCCCUUAAGAGUGCGCCGCACCAUGCAUCUCAAGCUCUUCCGGCGCCUGCUCCUCGCAGCUCUGCUGCUGGUGAUUGUCUGGACCCUCUUUGGGCCUUCGGGGUUGGGGGAGGAGCUGCUGAGCCUCUCACUAGCCUCCCUGCUCCCAGCCCCCGCCUCACCGGGGCCUCCCCUGGCCCUGCCCCGCCUCUUGAUCCCCAACCAGGAAGCUUGCGGUGGUCCCGGCGCCCCUCCCUUCCUGCUCAUCCUAGUGUGCACGGCUCCGGGGAACCUGAACCAGAGAAACGCCAUUCGGGCCUCGUGGGGCGGGCUGCGUGAGGCUCGAGGGCUCAGGGUACAGACGCUAUUCCUGCUGGGAGAGCCGAACCCACAGAACCCCAGGUGGGGCUCCCAUGGGAACGACCUGGCCUCGGAGUCACUGGCCCAGGGGGACAUCUUACAGGCUGCCUUCCAGGACUCCUACCGCAACCUCACACUCAAAACCCUCACUGGGCUGAACUGGGCUGACAAACACUGUCCCAUGGCCCGAUACGUCCUCAAGACAGACGAUGAUGUGUAUGUCAACGUCCCCGAACUGGUAUCAGAGCUGGUCUUGCGAGGGGGCCGUUGGGAGCAAUGGGAGACAAGCACGGAAUCUCAGAGAGAGGCUGAGGUUGGGAAUGAAGAGAAGGAAGGUGGCCAGGCCUUGCACAGCGAGGAAGUGCCUCUUCUGUACCUGGGCCGGGUGCACUGGCGGGUGAACCCCUCUCGGACACCAGGGGGUAGACACCAUGUUUCGGAGGAGCAGUGGCCUCACACCUGGGGCCCCUUUCCACCCUAUGCCUCAGGCACGGGAUACGUGCUGUCAGCGUCUGCUGUGCAGCUCAUUCUCAAGGUGGCCAGCCGGGCACCCCCUCUCCCAUUAGAGGAUGUCUUUGUGGGGGUAAGUGCCCGACGAGGAGGCCUCGCCCCAACACAGUGUGUCAAGCUGGCUGGUGCUACCCACUACCCCCUGGACCGGUGCUGCUAUGGGAAAUUCCUGCUGACGUCCCACAGGCUGGACCCCUGGAAGAUGCAGGAAGCCUGGAAGCUGGUGGGUGGCUCUGAUGGAGAAAGGACUGUGCCCUUUUGCUCCUGGUUCCAGGGAGUCCUGGGCGUCCUGCGGUGUCGGAUAAUAGCCUGGCUUCACAGCUGAGAGUGCUUGGGACCACAGGAAAGGCAGGAACAGGACCUUCUCUCUCCCAGGCCCAAUGCAGGGGCCCUCACUGGCUGCAGCUGAUAUGGUUCCUCAUACUACAUCCUCAGUCUCACUAAAGACAGGGAUAUGGGAGACACUGAGGGGCCUGGCCUGCCAGCCCCAAAGAUGGUCAUCAGGAAGAGAAAAAGAAACAAAAAAUGCUGCAGUUGUUCUCUCCAGCUAGGGCAGAAGAGGGGUGUUAAGCUCCUCAAUAAACUUGUCUCCACUUC